AUGGACACGGCUUCCAAUUGCUCGGAAAUUUUCAGCUAUAUGGGGGGCUUGGAUGGUGAGCAAAAACUAUUGAUCAAGAAGUUGGUCAAUUUUCGCAUGAAAGAAGGUAAAAGAACGCGAGUUCGUGCUAUUGUUUAUCAAACUUUUCAUCGCCCAGCUCGAACUGAACGCGAUGUAAUCAAACUUAUGGUUGACGCCGUAGAGAAUAUAAAGCCCAUAUGCGAAGUAGCAAAAGUAGGAGUAGCGGGUACUAUUUAUGAUGUCCCUGGGAUUGUAGCCAGGGAUCGUCAACAAACCUUAGCUAUUCGUUGGAUCCUUGAAGCAGCUUUCAAACGACGUAUAAGCUACAGGAUAAGCUUAGAGAAAUGUUCAUUUGCUGAGAUACUAGAUGCUUACCAAAAGAGGGGAAGUGCACGUAGGAAAAGGGAGAAUCUUCAUGGACUGGCUUCCACCAAUCGAAGUUUCGCGCAUUUCAGAUGGUGGAACGCCAGUCUCUCGACUGAGAGGAACGCCUCAGGUCGAAUGAAUACGAAAGGGAGAUCAAUCAAAGAAACAAAAAAGGCCAUGAAUGAAGAAGUUGGGCCUUUAACCCUCUUUCUAGUUACUCUGGGAGCUGAUCUGAUAAAUGCACUUCAAAGGGAGGGAAGGCUAGGUCUUUCCCAUGUUGGUAUGGCCGAGCAUAAAAGAUUUGAAAAUGAAGUCAAAAUAAGAAAAGGUAGAGAGAAAACUGAACGAAAGCGGACGCCGCCGUUUGCUAAGAUGUGCUUCCACAUCGUGAGCUUUAGUGCACAAGUCGUCGAAUCCCUUAAAGGAAAGGAGUAUCGACGACAAGUCGUGCCUGAAGUUGUUCAUGCACAUCUUGAGGAGCUCUUGCUAAGUAAACUUAUGGGGACAGGCAAAAGUAAAGGCUCGCCACCUUGCAGUGAAUUCCAUGACAGUUCGGGCACUCCAACCCUUCUUUGUGUGUUGCUUAACUGCUUCCUGAACUCCGAGACCCUUGCUUCCCAAGUCGGGAUCGACUCUUCAGAGAGGUGGAGGUACAAAGGAAAAAACACUGGAAGGAGAGGUAGUUUACUGGCUAGAGAGAGUCAGAAAGCACCCUUAGGUCCAAUUCCAGCUGCUGUUGCUCUCUCAGGACUUCCUAGGUCUGCUGGUCUGUCAAGGAGAAUCAAGAUUCGACGGGACGCUAGCGCCCUAACAAUAACAAGAGGGAGUGCUAAGCUAGGACCCGCUCACGAUAAUGCGAAUGAAAGGGCAGAUAAGCCUAUUACUAGUUACGGCGAGAAGAUCCUAACAGGCCGGUUUACAACAGAAAAAGAAAAGAUAAGGCUUGCAGACCUAUUAGUCGAGAGGAUCGCACUCGGGCGGCUCCAGAAUCUAUUGAUUGAAGGGGUUCCUCCUACAGUAACUACUACUAUAGUUGCAAAUGAAAGAGAAAGUAGUGGAAGGAGGCUGGAGGAACCCCGAGGAACGCGCGAGACGAUUCCACAUAUCGAGGUCGGAAUGGGAUCGGGUGUUUUCACGUCUCACUGUAGUGCC